GAGACUGGUUAUUCUGUCAGUUCCUAGGGACGAUAUUGUGACGUGUGACUGACCCUAUAAUGCCUGAGCCCACCAAGUCCGCGCCCGCUCCGAAGAAGGGCUCCAAAAAGGCGGUGACCAAGGCGCAGAAGAAGGACGGCAAGAAGCGCAAGCGCAGCCGCAAGGAGAGCUACUCGGUGUACGUGUACAAGGUGCUGAAGCAGGUGCACCCGGACACGGGCAUCUCGUCCAAGGCCAUGGGCAUCAUGAACUCGUUCGUCAACGACAUCUUCGAACGCAUCGCGGGCGAGGCGUCGCGCCUGGCGCAUUACAACAAGCGCUCGACCAUCACGUCCCGGGAGAUCCAGACGGCCGUGCGCCUGCUGCUGCCCGGGGAGCUGGCCAAGCACGCCGUGUCCGAGGGCACCAAGGCCGUCACCAAGUACACCAGCUCCAAGGGAGAGAUGAAUGCAGAGAAGAAGGAAAUACAAACAGUAACUGAAAAUAUGACCCAGCACAUAGAAGUUACGAAAUAUGAAAAGUCUGAUCUGCCUGAGAACGACCGAUUAGUGUGUUUCUCCUGCCUAACUCCAACCCUGCUUUGCUGCACACUGAUUCAUCAAAAAGAGAUCAUUAUCUGAGUGGAUGAGCCCAAACGAGGUGUUUUAGAUUUCUCAUCUUAUUUUUUGUUUGAAGUACAGAAAUAGGAUUUACUUCUGUUACAGGUCUACUUACUGGGAAUUCAUUACUCCCCAUGGACUGACUACCUUUGCUUAGAAAAGUCUGAAUGAGAGGAUGGGAAAACGUCUGUAAGUGGGAUGUGAUUAAUAAAAUUUGUGGA